CGUGAUGCCGAUGAUGCUGAUGAUGAUAAUGAUGAUCAUGAUGAUGAUGAUGAUGAUGAAGUUGAAGAUGACGAUGAUGAUGAUGAUGAUGUUUAUGAUGAUGAUGAUGAUGGUGAUGAUGAUGCUGAUGAUGAUGAUGAUUAUGUGAAGAAUGAGUAUUCUGUUGACGACAGCUGUGCCGAUUAUAUAAAUGAUGUUAGGAACAAUACCAAUGCUCAUGCUAAUUAG